AUGUCAAAGAAGGGAGCGAACAAACUGAAGGGCUCCACGACCAUAGAUAACCCUCCCUGCAAUGAAGAGGGAAGCUUGGAGGAGCCCUGCCAAGCAUUUGGUCGAUCGAAAGCUGCAAACAAGCUGCGCGUGUUGCACAACGGCAACGCGCUGGAUUCGGUGUCAUCACCAGCUGGAAAGGGUGCCAACAAGCUGCGGACUUUCAGUGUCGACACAGUGCCUGAGGAGAUCCUGAGUGCCCCGGUGCCAGACGAAUUUGUUCCACCCGAGGCAGGCCGGGCACCGAACUGGCAAGUUCUGAUUGAUGGCUUUUGGCGAUGCUUGCCUUGCAACAAGAUCAUUGAUCAGCAGCAUGUCACCACAGAGCAGCACAAGUCGAGGUUGGCGCGCUGGCAGGAGGCUCAGGAACUCGAGACGUGUGGCUACAAGCCGCCAGACCUGCCUUACCUUGCCUACGUGCCUCAUGAAGAUGGAUACAGAUUCAAAAUGUGCCUGUUGUGCCGGAAGAGCGGCAGGCCGAAUGGCACCUGGGUGACGGAUGACGACUCCCAUACUGGUACGCACGAGAUGCCAGCAGGCUCGAAGGAGCACCGCAGGAAUCUCCAGAAUUAUCCUCCUGACCAUCCAUGGUACGUGGAGAAUGUCACAAUGGCACGUCUGCAGUACCACCCGCAGGACAACAAGGUGAGCGAUGAGCAGGAGGCUGCCAGAGAGGUUGGCGAUCCUGGCACAACACUGAAGCGGAACAAGCUCUCAGUCAAGUAUCGGCCGCCACCUGACGACCCGGACAGAGGCGCUGGCAGCCAGACUCGGACAUGGCUUGAAGCAGAGCCGAGUCUGCCUCCAGGUUGGGAAAGCGCACGAGAUAGUGUGCCGCGGCUGCUUUGUAAAGCGGUGUCUCUCAGCAAGAGCAGUGACAACGACGCCGGCAGUGAGCGCUGCAACUGGCAAAAGAACGGGGCGCACAGCAAAGAGCCUGCGCGUACCUGCUUUAAGAGCAUCGAUUUGGGCGUCUGGCGCGACCUCUUCAACGGGACCGUAAGUUGCGGUUGCUAUGGACCGAGCUGGUCAUCGCAAGUCCGCAUGUGGAACCAUGCCGACGUAGAGGCGAGUCCUGGGUACAGCUGCUGGGAAGAGCACCAGUGCUACCACUUGAGCUGCCCCGCGUCCGCCGAGGAGACACUGAGGAUGGCGAAGUGCAGCAAGUUCUAUUCCCACGCCUGGGCUGGGGGCAAGGGCUCAUAUGAUGAACUCGCUUUAAUGACUGGCUUCUUUCAUGUGUGGGUGAGUUGCGACCAAAUCAGUCUGAGUGGAGAGAAGCUCGGCACAUCUGCAUGCCUAGAGGAGGAGGAGGAGGAGGAGAAAGAGGAGGAGGAGGAGGAGGAGGAGGAGGAGGAGAUGUGUGACGUCAAGUACUGGAUCACACUGAACGCAACUUAUCUUUUACCAGCAAUCAACGGGAACCCUGGUGUGCUUGCGCUUUGGGCUACGGCAGUGGUGAGCAUCUUGGACUUCCACAGGGGCAUGCCCCAGGGCGAAAUGAAGAUGCUGGAAAGGAACCGCCACACGGCUGGCAACGGGUAUUUGGCGGCACAUCACAUGCUCCUUGCGCAUGCAAAGGCAGUGAAGUGCUACCGUGACCAGUAUCAACCAGCGCAAGGGGGCAGCAUAGGCGGCGCUGUCGCUGCUGCGGGCAUCGCUGGUCUGGCUGUUGGUCUGAGGAGCACCGGUGCCAAACGCCGCAGCAUCGGUCGGGCAGCAGGUCAGCCAGGGCCCACUCCUGUGCAGGAAGUGAUGCAAGCCUUGGAGCAAGUCAAAGACCCCGACCUGGGUACUGACAUCGUCACUAGUGGCUUCGUCGGCCAGAUCAAGGCCGAGCGGAUCACAGGAAACAUUUCUUUAGUCCUGGAAGUGGAGAUGUACAAGGCAGAGGUCGAGGAGCGGCUUUCCCAAAUCCCUUGGGCAAAGACCGUGGAAGUGCGAGUUGGUGCCGUUCGCACCCAAACUUCUGCAACCAAUCCGCCUCGACCGAUGCCUGUGAUGCCGCAGUCCUUGAAAAACGUGAAGAGCAUUGUCGCCGUGUCUUCGUGCAAAGGUGGCGUGGGAAAAAGCACGGUGGCGGUGAACUUGGCCUUCUCGCUUCAUAACAAAGGCUUCAAAGUUGGAAUCUUCGACUGUGACGUCUACGGCCCUUCCUUACCCGUCAUGGUGAGGUUCCAGGAAGACACACCAAAGAUGGAGAUGUACCAGGAUGAGCAGAAACAGAAGCACAUCAGGCCAGUCAUUGACCCAAAGACCGGCAUCAAGAUGGUCUCCUUUGGCUUUGUUGGACAUGCCGCGGUGAUGCGCGGUUCAAUGGUUACAGGUGUAAUGUCGCAGCUGGUGAACCAGACAGAGUGGGGAGACUUGGACUACCUCGUGCUGGACAUGCCGCCUGGAACGGGUGAUAUCCACCUCACGCUCUCUCAAGUGUGCCAAAUAACUGCAGCCGUGAUCGUGACGACCCCGCAGAAGCUCAGUGUCAUUGAUGUGGAGCGGGGAAUCUCCAUGUUCAGCCAGCUCAAUGUCCCUUCUGUGGCCGUGGUGCAGAACAUGAGCUAUAUGGCCAUGCCAAAUGGUGAGAAGCACUACAUUUUUGGGAAGACCGACGCUGGCUAUGCCAUAGCAGAUACAUUUGGCAUUGAACAAGUUUUCGAGCUCCCGAUCGAAGCCUCUGUUGCUGCGGCUGGUGACACUGGAACUCCAUUUGGCAACCUGGGGGACAGCGAGAGCUCCAAGCAGAUGGACAAGUUGACAGAUGCGGUCAUCAAUGAAGUGGAGAAGAUCCACGAGAACCGCAAGCAGCCCGAGUUGACCUGGGAUGGUGAGCGGCGAAUCCUUCGUCUGAAAAUUCCGAACGGGGAGGAGCUAGGCAUUGACCCGCGAGAAUUGCGGCUGCGGGACAAAGGUGCGGGUGGCGUGACACCACCGCCCCCGGACCUGAAGCCAGACGAGAUCGUGGACAUGGGAAAUUAUGCAGUGGUCAUCAAGUGGUCAGACGGGGUUGUCCAAGUGGCACCACACAAGCAGCUGAUAGAAGGCGACGAGAAGGGUCCAAUGCCGCACGUCGAGUUGGCGGAAGCUGCCUGA